GCCAGGGAUGGCGGAGCGGGAGGAUGGAGCAAGUGUCUGGGCUGCUUUCCUGGGCGCUGAGCAGAGUUCUGUGGCUCUCGGGCCGCUCUGAGCGGAGAGCUGCUCGGCAGCCCCGGAUCAUGGAAGAGAAAGCGCUUGAGGUUUACGAUCUAAUUCGAACCAUCCGGGACCCAGAAAAGCCCAACACUUUAGAAGAACUGGAAGUGGUAACAGAAAGUUGUGUGGAAGUUAAGGAGAUACAUGAAGAAGAUUAUCUGGUUAUUAUCAGGUUCACACCCACAGUACCUCAUUGCUCUCUGGCCACUCUUAUUGGGCUUUGCUUACGAGUAAAACUUCAGAGAUGUUUACCUUUCAAACAUAAGUUGGAAAUCUACAUUUCUGAAGGAACCCAUUCCACAGAAGAAGAUAUAAAUAAACAAAUCAAUGACAAGGAGAGAGUAGCAGCUGCAAUGGAGAACCCCAAUUUACGGGAAAUUGUGGAACAAUGCGUCAUUGAGCCUGAUUAGCAGCUCUUCUGAAAGUCACCAAAUUGUAAUCAUUUGAUAAUUUGUUUAACUCUUUGUUAAAUAGAAUGCUUUUUGGUUUAUUACUUGGACAAUUUGUACCUCCAAGCACUUUUUUAAAAGACCAUUUCCCAAACAAGACAUAAGGUGACACCUAUUAUGUUAAUGUAUGUAACAUUCUCAGGUUUUAUCACAUUUGGUGAUCAGACAGAAGAAUAUUUUUUAGUUACUGUGGAUG